GCUGCGGGCUCGGAGGAAGGCGGAAGGAGCCCAGGGAGGACGAAGUUGCUUUUGGCUGAGCUGCAGCCAAAGGGAGGUGGGCAACUUGCAAGUGGAGCCUCGGACCCAGAGCAGCCAUGGAGGCGGGGCUGCUCUUGCAAUUCUGCAACUGGAGCACGCUAGUGGUGUGCAUGGUCAUCAAGUUCCCGCAGAUCUUCGCCCUGCUUUCGGCUAAGAGCUCGCGGGGUGUCAGUCUGAAAAGUUUGCUUCUGGAGCUAACUGGAUUCCUUGUGUUCUUACGGUACCAGAGUUAUUACAGCUACCCCCUACUGACCUACCUGGAGUAUCCAAUCCUCAUUGCACAAGAUAUUGUCCUUUUGCUAUGUGUUUUUCAUUAUGAUGGAAGCAUGAAGCAGGCCAUACCAUAUGUUGCCAUAUUCCUGGGUGGAUGGUACUUUCUGACUCUUCAAAAAUGGAUAAUAGACUUGGCAAUGAAUUUGUGCACCUUUAUUAGUGCUGCCAGCAAGUUUGCCCAGCUCCAGUACCUGUGGGAGACAAGGGAUUCUGGUGCAGUGAGUGCCCUAACCUGGAGCAUGUCUGCCUAUACUUGUGCAACAAGAGUAAUAACAACUUUAAUGACCACACGUGAUCUUAUGGUUCUUAUCCGUUUCCUGAUCAUGCUAGCUCUAAACAUAUGGGUAACAACUACAAUACUUCGCUAUAGAAGAGUAACUACAAAGCAUGAGUAACAGAACAUCUCCAGAAUGAAACACAACUCAAACUGGAGCAAAAGAGAAUUAUUUUCUCCAGCAUGAUUGAAGUCAUUUGGAUUUUAAAAUCAGGAUGAUUUUAAGUGUGGCAACCUUACUAUCUAAACACAUUUUUUUUCUACUUUCAGCUUGGAGCUAGAAGUAAAUUUUCCCCCGAGGAAAAAUUUUGAACAGGGUGAGCUGGAAUUGUAUUUCAGAGAUUUAAUUUCAAUAACCAGAAGGGAGCUUAUUGGUCAUCUAAUCCAAAUCUUUUUAUAGAGAAAAUGAGGUAUUGGUGUGUAGGGGGGGUGGAAGAGUAAAGUCACUUGACUUAAAAUAGUGACUUGAUACCUUGGCCAGUGUUUUUUUCCAUUGUACCACUUUAGGCUCAAAUUGUCAUUAAAAAUCUCACUGUGUCUUGGUCAUUUCCUAAUGGAUGAUGAGAUACUACACAUGCAACAAUGCCAUUGUGGUGCUUGGUUUCACAUAAGGCCUCCAUUAUUUGAAAAAACACACAAUUAUCUUCACUGGAUUUUGGAACUAAGGUAGCUGGGCAAGACCAGUUUUUGUUUUUUGAAAACACAAAUUAUGGGCUCAUAAGAUUUAAGUGAAAGAGACCUUAUCAUUGCCCAAUUAAAAAGUAAGAAAUUUGUUGAUCUCAUAGUUCAAGUGAAGAUUCAGAGGAGGACAAAUGACUGGCCCAGGGGAUAGAAUCAGCAUUACAACACAAACCAUACUAAAUCAUAAGGGGUUAAUGACUGAUUCAAUGAUUUGAGCUUUUACUAUAUCUACUGCUGUCAUUUGGGCAUAAUUCUCAUACAUUAUACCUUUCCCUUUUUUGACUUUAUAAUUAAAUAGAUGGGAAUGAAACAAUAACUUUAAAAAAACCUGCUUGUUUGCAUGCAAAUUUGAUUUUUAAAAAGCAUGUAAAAUAAACAUUCAUACUUUUUAUAUUGGCUCAUGUAAAACUGAAUUUCUGGUAAGUGGUCAUAACUUAUCAAAAAUUUGCAAGCAUACUACCAUUUUUAUCAUUCAGUGGAUUAUAUGCCUAUUAUAUUACCUAUGGGUAGCUCGUAACAAUUAAACAAGUGGUCUACUUUCCAGCUUAGCUGGGCAUGUCAGAGUUUGCAUAUUGUUGGCAAUUCUUUGGGAACCCAAGUUAUGGUGAAGCACUUCAGAAAGACCAAUUGUAUGAUUGGUAGCUUUUAAACUGCUUAAAUAGUUGUUAGUCCUUUCAUGGUGGGGCCAAAAAGAAGAGAAAAUACUUUAUAUCUCCAUAAAACAUUCUUUCCUUAAUUAAAUCAUAAUGUUAUUACUAUUUGUAUUAAAAAUCACCUCUCCCAUGCAGGCAAAUUGUAUAAUUUUGUAAUCACAAAGAGGUAAAUUUGUGAAUUAUUUCUAGAUGGAUUCCCAUAGUACAAGUCAAGGGUUACUUUAACCAGGAGAAAGAAUAAAGGGUUAUCUAGAGCGAUAAAAUGGUGGACUGGGGUUAGGUUAAGGAGGAACUUUUGACAAUUAUAAAAAUUCAAAUAAUACAGACUAGAUUAUCUAGACUUUCACAUACUUACCAGAAAUGGACAGGAAAGAAAAAAAAAUACACUGAAAAAUAUGGAAUUAAAUAUCUAGAGCUUCAAAAGAUUUUAGUUCCUUCAUUUUAUAUUUGAGGAAACAAGCUCAGGUUCACAUGGGUAAAGUGUCAAGAGACAGAUCUUAGGUGCUUUUAGUUCCAAAGACAGACAGUGCUAACACAUUAAGCUACAUCAAAAAGUCUUGGUGAAUUUUUAAGCUGUUAAGAUUUGAAAAGCAAGGAAAUAUUUUCAUCAAAAUCACCCUGUGAAUCCUAAGUGAGGAACUCAAGGUCCAGAGGUAAAAUGACUUGCUUGUGGUCACACAACUGGAAAGAAGUACAGUUAACUAAAAAAUUGAUACCUGUGGUCUUUGUCAUUAUAGAAAUGUAUCUGGUUUUUGUGACUUAAAGGAAAAAAAAAAAACAUUUUAACCAAAU